AUGUAUUAUCAAGAAAGCCCAUCAGUGAAUGUUCAGCUGAGGGAAUCCAGUCUCCACCAAGUAAAAUCGGUCCAGUGCUACACUGCCAUCAUCAAGUCCAUUCUGACCUCAUUUGUAAUUGUCUGGUUUGGUGCUGCAUCUCCUCAGGUUAAGGUCAAUCUGCAGCGCAUCAUCAGAACCUGUGAAAAGAUCAAAGGCUAUAGCUGUCCAUUCAAGUUCUGGAUGAGUCCAGGCAUAAAAGAAAAGCAUGUAGGGUUCUUUGUCGGCCCGCCUUUUCCUUUUCUGUCCACAGCUCACCCUCGUUUCUAUUUUUCUUUUCCAGUGGUGGUCCUCCUGCUGCAGCUCUCCUUAGGUAAUACUGAGACUCUUCCUGCCUCCAGAAUUUCAGACAUUUGUAAAGGCAAGCCAAGCGGGAACUACGCUAAUCCCAGCUUCCCUAGCAGCUACAUAGCCUGCUUCAAUGGACAUGGCAACAUUAUGAACUGCCCAGACUCCCUGGUAUAUGAUGGAUCUUUGGAUCAAUGUGUGUACCCAGCCAGCAACAAACCUUCAGGUCCAAGCUUGGAUGUGGCUAAGAACUCCAGCACUUCAAACUUUUGUGUUGGCAAACCUAAUGGCAACUAUGCCAAUUCCCUUAACAACGCAACUUAUAUUUCCUGUAAUGAUAAUAUCACAUAUGUGAUGCCCUGUCCUCCGGGUCUGAUCUAUAAUUCUACAGGAGACUUUUGUGACUGGCCACUUACUUCCCGAAAAGGCAAAAUUUUGAAUUUGCGCUACUCCAGAUCCAGCUCCAAUUUCUGCACAGGCAAAGCCAAUGGAAACUAUGCCAAUCCUGCUGACAUCCGGACUUACAUCAGUUGUUUUGAUGGAAUCACCUACGUGAUGCCCUGUCCUAAUGGUCUGGUUUACAAUGAUGUCCUGGAUCAAUGUGAUUGGCCAGGUGGAGCCCCCGUUACUCAAGCACCCAACUUCUGCAGUGGAAAAGCAGACAAAAACUACGUCAAUCCUAGUGAUGUCCACAGCUUUAUCUCCUGCUCAGGUGGGAUAAUGCAUGUGAUGCAGUGUCCCGAUAAUCUGGUUUACAAUGCUGCUCAGGAUAAGUGUGACUGGACUACCAAAGGAGGACUCCGUGUUACCAGAAACAACACUUUCUGCAAUGGAAAACCAGAUGGAAACUACGUCAAUCCCAGUGAUGCCCACAGCUUCAUCUCCUGCUCAAGUGGGAUAAUGCAUGUGAUGCAGUGUCCCAAUAACCUGGUUUACAAUGCUGCCCAGGAUAAGUGUGACUGGUCUUCCAGUGGAGGAGCCCCUGUUACCCAGGCACCCAAUUUCUGCAGUGGAAAACCAGAUGGAAACUACGUCAAUCCCAGUAAUGCUCACAGCUUCAUCUCCUGCUCAGGUGGGGUAAUGCACGUGAUGCAGUGUCCUGCUAACUUGGUUUACAAUGCUGCCCUGGAUAAGUGCGACUGGUCUUCCAAUGGAGGACCCCAUGUUACCCAAAAACCCAGUUUCUGCAAUGGAAAACCAGAUGGAAACUACGUCAAUCCCAGCGAUGCCCACAGCUUCAUCUCCUGCUCAGGUGGGAUAAUGCAUGUGAUGCAGUGUCCUGCUAACCUGGUGUAUGAUGCUGCCCAAGAUAGGUGCGACUGGUCUUCCAGUGGAGGACCCCAUGUUACCCAGAAACCCAAUUUCUGCAGUGGAAAACCAGAUGGAAACUAUGUCAAUCCCAGUGAUUCCCACAGCUUCAUCUCCUGCUCAGGUGGGAUAAUGCACGUGAUGCAGUGCCCCGCUAACCUGGUUUAUGAUUCUGCCCAGGAUAGGUGCGACUGGCCUUCUAAUGGAGGACCCCAUGUUACCCAAAAACCCAAUUUCUGCAGUGGAAAACCAGAUGGAAACUACGUCAAUCCCAGUGAUUCCCACAGCUUCAUAUCCUGCUCAGGUGGGGUAAUGCACGUGAUGCAGUGUCCCGCUAACCUGGUUUAUGAUGCUGCCCAGGAUAGGUGCGACUGGCCUUCUAAUGGAGGACCCCAUGUUACCCCAAAACCCAAUUUCUGCAGUGGGAAACCAGAUGGAAACUACGUCAAUCCCAGUGAUUCCCACAGCUUCAUCUCCUGCUCAGGUGGGGUAAUGCACGUGAUGCAGUGUCCUGCUAACCUGGUUUAUGAUGCUGCCCAGGAUAGGUGUGACUGGCCUUCUAAUGGUGGCCCAUCAGUUACUCCAAAACCCAACUUCUGUACUGGUAAACCAGAUGGAAACUAUGUCAAUCCCAAUGAUGUCCACAGUUUCAUCUCCUGCUCUGGUGGUAUAAUGCAUGUGAUGCAGUGUCCUGCUAAUCUGGUCUACAAUGCUGCUCAGGAUAAGUGCGACUGGCCUUCCAGUGGUGGUCCCUCUGUUACUCCAAAACCCAAUUUCUGCACUGGAAAACCAGAUGGGAACUACGCCAAUCCUAAUGACCCCCACAGCUUCAUUUCCUGUUCUGGUGGAAUAGAGCAUAUAAUGCAGUGUCCUGCAAACCUGGUCUACAAUGCUGCCAAGGAUCAGUGCGACUGGUCUUCUAGUGGCUGUGGCUGUAAUCCUCUUCCCAAUUUCUGCACUGGCAAGGCUAAUGGAAACUAUCCAGUCCCCAGCAACCCUGAUAGUUACAUCAAUUGCCAAAAUGGAAACCCCACACUGAUGCAUUGUCCUGCUGGGUACAUCUUUAAUGCUGCCAGUGGGCAAUGUGAGAUGCCAGGCUGUAGCUGCAAUCCACCUCCCAACUUCUGCACUGGCAAAGCCAACGGGAACUACUACAAUCCCAACAAUCCACACACCUUCAUUAUUUGCAGUAAUGGAAUUCCUACUGAAAUGCAGUGUCCUGCUGGUCUCAUCUUCAACGCUGCUAAGGAUCAAUGUGACUGGCCAGGUUCAAACCUUCCCAAUCCCGGGCCUAAUUUCUGCACUGGCAAACCAAAUGGAAACUACGUCAACCCUAACAAUCCUAACAGCUACAUUUCCUGCUCCAAUGGAAUAAUCUACAUCAUGCAGUGUCCCUCUGGCCUUGUCUACAACCCUGCUAAUAACAGGUGUGACUGGCCAACCGGUGGCAGCAAUUCAGGCAACGGCACACAACAUGUUACCCAAGGUUUUUGUGCUGGCAGAACAGAUGGCAACUAUGAGAACCCUAAAGACCCCCACAGCUACAUUGCCUGCUCCAAUGGGUUGGCGCAUUUGAUGCCUUGUCCUUCAGGGCUGGUCUUCAAUGCUUCUAAGGACUGGUGUGACUGGCCUCACAGUUUUAGAUUGGGAAUACCAAAUAGUAAUCAGGCAGGAUGGCAAAUCCCUCUCUCAUUCUGCAAAAACAAAAUCAGUGGAAAUUAUAUCGAUAUGAACAGGCAGCACUCCUUCAUCAUGUGCUCCAAUCACCUGACUUACAUCAUGCAAUGUCCAGCAGGCCUUGUAUACAACGAUGCCAUCAAAGUCUGUGACUUUCCACCUGGCUCCCCCUAAGGUAUCAUUUGUCUUUCUAAAGUAAGACAUUCUGGAUAGGGUGAAACAGGCCAAAUGGUAAGCGUCUGCAUCUUUAUAAGUUCUUCUAUACACUCAGCAUCUCCGCUCUCUUCAGCUUCAUGACGUCUGCACACUCCACUCCUGUCGCUGGACGGUGUUUUCCGCUGAUGGAAGUCUUUGUUUGGGUUGUGGUGAUUUAAACUGGCCAGCUCAGAUGUGUAUCAUUUAUUCAUAUGUAGCAAGACAAUAGUGAGCUCUUCAGAAUGUGCUGACCAAACUGAUACUUAAGUUAUUACGGCAGACAUAGCUGACAAGAUCAGCCCCAAAAAUUAAAUGUUAUAUAAUUGGCUUUCUGGAAUGUAUUCACUUGACACUUUACAUAAUAUUGCAUAUGUACAUCAAAAAGUUUAUUAUGUAAAGGAUUAACAAAUUAAUAAAUUAAAUUAUGGAGA